AUGUGUACCCGUCCCUAGAUUUGCCACUACUUGCCAGCUAUUUCCACUGAAAAGGGUGGCAUUAAGUGUAAAAAAGGUGGCAUUAACUGGAAAAUGACAAAAUUCCACUCUUUUUCCACUGUAGUGGCAAAAUUGCCACCAAAUUCCACUAUCCUUUGGUGGCAUUUAGGUGGCAUUGAGUGGAAAUUUGAACAUAGACUUUUUUUAUGGUGGCAAAAGGGUGGAAAUUGGUGAAAAAUGAAACUUAGUUUAUUUUGAAGGUGGAAAAUGAGUGGCUUUUAGUGGAAAAGUGAAACUCUAACUAUUUUCUGGGUGGCAAAAUAGUGGAAAAAAACUUAGAAAAUUUUGUGAAUAACUUUUAGUCGAAAAGGGAAACUCUUAACUAUUUUCUGGGUUGUAUUUAUAAAAAUUGGUGGAAAAAACUGAGAAAUCUAAUAAUUGUGCAUUGCAGGGUUUAAGAUUUAUUUAAGUCAAAGCUCCAAACUGAAAUAAAUCUGUUUAUAGUUUGUACUCUACCAAAGCAUCAAGUGAACUUUUUAUCAAAAAUAUAAUUUAUUGAAGUUGAACAGUAAGAAAAUUUUAUCAGAAACUCAUAUUUCUUAAACAUACUAGAAUGCCAUGAACACAAUUCUGAUACAAAGUCACUGCCUCACAGUAACGGUAUGAUAAUUCCAGCUGUAAAGUAGCAGGAAAAGACACAGAAAUUGGGCGUAAAAUCACUUUUCCAGGCGUUAAACACAUAUAAUUAUGAUCAGGAUAAAUUAGAAAAGUAUGGGGUUACUUAACUUCCCAUUUUUUAUGGCAGUACUUUUCUUUAGGGAUGUAAAAUUUGACUUUCAAGUCAAAAUGUUUAUGUUCCAUUCUAUGCUUGUAAAAUAAAAUUACGGCUUUUAAAGUGUACUUUGUUCUUUAGUAAUAAUCUGUACAUUAAAUAGUUGAAAUGUUCUUCUAUGCCCAGAAAAUGCAUAUCUUUGCAUAAAGUUUGUUGCUUCUUCUAUGAUAUUUAAUGUCAAUCUUGAAUAAAGUUUGACUUUUGUCUUUUCUUCUAAUUGACAUAAUAAAUUGUCUCUUCAUAAUUACUUUAAACUGAUAUCUGGUGAGUACUAACACUUUUCAUGUAAUGCUAACAAUAAUUAAAGUGAAAAAUGCAAAGGGCAAUAACUCCAAAAGUAUGCAAAGAUUUAUGGUUCUUAAACACAGCACAUUACUAGAAAAGAUCUAUAUCUGUGAAGUUUUUAAUUAAUAUCUCCAUUACUUUUUAAGCUUAAUGAUCAAGACAAAAAUUAAGCAUAGAGAAGUAAAAAAUGGCAAUAAACCCCAAAUCAUGCAAUAAAAAGUUAUGGUUCCUUGGCAUUGUAACUUCUCAUAAAUGAGAUUUAGUUAUAUGUGGAGUUUAAAAUUAUUGUCUCUAACAUCUUUUGUGCUAUGCUUUCAGAGGCUUUAAAUCUAUUGUAAAAAAUAAUGUGUGAAAAGUAAAUAAGUCAUAAUGUCUGAUAAAUUUCUUACAAUCAGGAUAAGUAACUACUAGCUAGUAAAUACUGCAUCCUCUAAGAUUUAACAACACAGCAUAUAUCUCAGAUCUGAUAAAACUACUGCCCUCUUAUCUAGUAAUCUAUGAAUGGGGGUUAAUAGUUUACUCAUGCUGACCAGAGUGUUCCAUUUGAUUAUUUUGGGAAAGGCAACAUUAUACAUGUUUUUAUGUAGAAUUUGUCUUAAAAUAGCAUGCUAAAUUAUCUUUCAAAAGCUUAUUUCUACUCAAUCUAUUGAGGUAUUAGACAUAGUUUAUACAUUCAAAUCAAUGUAAAAAUAAAAUGAUGGGUGCUAUGGUUUUUGGAAAAUCCCUCACAAUUUAAAAUUAUAAUGGACUGUCCAUGCAGUUACACCGUUGUAAAGUUUGAAUUCAAAGGAAUUGAGGUCAGCUAAAGCUUGCAAACACAAAGGAAAUUAUUGAUAUUGUAGCAAUUCCGGAGAUAUUUUGUUUAAAAUGUAAGGGUGCAUAUUUUUGAUUUCUCAAAGAAAACAUUUAAAGUCUUAUUAGUGUGGUAAAUAGAAAUGAGAAGUUUUAACUGAAGUGUGAAUGUGUAGACAAGAAGAUAAACAGCAGAAUCAUUCCCAGUCAAAGUUUCAGACACAAAGCAAUGAGGAGCAGCCUGGAGCAACACAUUUGAUCUUCAGUGGCUUUACAAAGGACCAAGUGAUGGCAGAACUGAAGCCAUAUGCCUCAAAAGAGAAAGGUACAGCAAAGCUCUUCAGAAUGCUAUUCAAUAUAGAAGAGAUUAAAGGCCGCUCAAUGUAUGGUAUGAGGAAAGGGAACAGAGAGUCUGACGCCAGACCUUCUUGUGCAGACAAGGCAAAACUUAAGUUCUUGGAAGAUUGUGCGCUUGAAAAGUUGCCGACAACCUAAAGGACUGAACUCAAAGAUAAACUGAAGAAAAUAAAUGGACUAAUGUUUUGCUAUUUUUUGAGACAAUAUAUCAUAUCAUAUGGAAACAUUAAAAAGGAUUAUUUUUAAAAUUUGUUUGUUUCCAAUUUAGGGUACAGGGUGACUUUCAAGCAGUUUCCAGCUAUUGCCACCCACAAGGUGGAAAAUUUCUGAAAGGGUGAAAAUAGGUGGCAUUUAGUGGAAACUGAAUUUGCCACUAUCUGGUGGCAAAAUGGUGGAAAAGUGUCUAAAUACUCCACCAAUUUUCCACCCUUAUGGUGGCAAAAGGUGGAAAUAAGUGGCAUUUGGUGGAAAAUAAGUUUGCCACUCAAUGGUGGCAUAAUGGUGGAAAUUUGUCUAAAUACUCCACCAAUUUUCCACCAUUAUGGUGGCAAUAAGUGGAAACAAGUGGCAUCUAGUGGAAAAUGAGUUUGCCACCCUAAGGUGGCAUAAUGUGGCAUUAUGGUGAAAGUUUGUCUAAAUACUCCACCAAUUUUCCACUCAUUGGUGGCAUUUAGUGUAAAAAAGGUGGAAUUAACUGGAAAAUUAUAUAACAUCAGUCCUGCUCAAAUUU